ACAGACGAACACUGUAUAGUCUACGACGAUGCUGCAUUAGAUCGUCUAUUGGAUCGUAGUCAGCAAGGCAUGGAGGAGAAGCAGAUGGAGAUGAACGACUACCUUAGCUCCUUCAAAGUGGCACACUACGAGAAGCGCGAGAUUCAAGAUGGUGACAGUGAAGAGCCCGAGGAUGAGGACCCUAAUGUUGAAGUCAUCAAACAGGAGUUGGAUACUAACGACCCAGCUUACUGGGAGAAGCUUUUGCGUCAUCACUUUGAGCAGGCGCAGGAAGACCAAGCAAAGCUGUUAGGCAAAGGAAAACGGCAUCGAAAGCCUGUCAACUACUGGGCCAAUCAACAGGAGGACGAGGAGGAAUGGAACGACAACGCCAGUGACCAUGAUAGCAACUUUUCCACCAAGGCGAGUCACUUAUUUGUGCCAGUUUUCCUGAAACUCCAGUGGGGCGCCCGUUCUAUUCUCUCUUGA